GAAUUGGGGCCCUGGCUUGCAAGUGUCUCUACUUGCACUGGGCAUUGGUUGUGAAAUUCCGCGAAUUUUAAAAUAAUACCAACGAAGGUCAAUAAAUAGGGACGAAGUUAAACAAUAAAAUAUAAAGUCAAUUACCUAAACAAUCAAAACAAAUUAAUAUUCUUACUUGCUGUUAAUGCAAAGAGGUUGCAUGUAUAUUAUGGCUGGAGUACAUUACUACUUACUUGUUUUGUUUUGGGGAUCGGGAAUCGACGAGAACCCUUCUUAAAAAACUGAACUAACCUACCUAACUACCUAAGCCCACUAAAUCAUUCGGUGGCAUUUCUUCGAUGAUUCUAGACAUGAAGUAGCGUGUCAAGCCAAGUUCCAGUAAUAGAAAUGGCGUGUUGUGUGUUAUAUUACACGAACCAUUUGAAAUGAAACCACUUUUGAUCAUGUUAGUCUUUAGUCUGAAAUAGGUAUAUGUAGUAUCUUAAGUUAUGAGAAGAUGUUUUUUUCUAGCUCUACCAUAGGAUUUGGCACCCAUUUAGAUCUCACUUCUUUUGUUGUUGAAUCAAGGUAUAGGCCAUAAUAGGGUAUUUGCCUAUUAUUUAUGUUUUGAUAGGAUAUAAUAUCACACUCAAAAAUAACGUUUUUUUAUCGGUGAAAUAAUUCCCCAAAGAGCUUUAGUAGCUCCGAAAUCCCGUACUCAACGUCACUUCGUUUCUUCCUUCCUUCCACAAUCAUCUUUACCUGAUGGUUAAAAAAAAUAAGAGCUGCGGCGCGCUGUCCUUAAAGCAAGUGACUGAGCGCAGUGUAGCACUUAGUUGUCUAGAAGUCUCGUGCAUUCUGACGAGGUCUCGCUGCCUUCAAAUGAUUGUGAACAAAUUAUUCGCGUACAUAACAUAAGUUAUUUGUUAUUUUGCCUCUGCAGGCAGCCGGCCGCAACUCUUUCAGUGUGAAUUGACCCUUAUAAUAUCUGUAUCCAUAGAAAAAAAAUAAGCACGGAACCCUUUAAUUCUUUAUCGUCGGUUGCAGUGGCAUCCAGUGAAUUAAAAAUGGUUCAUUGUUUUAUGAACUUCCGUUUUAAAUUAUGCGUGAGCGCUCCCUAAUUUUCGAAUUUUAGGUAAAGUUUACUAUCGGGUUCAACAUAUGUUAAUGAAGUAUCUUUUAGUAAGAGUCACUGUCUAUUCAUAUAUAAGUAGUCGUCUGUGUUUUGGUUAUCACUUGUGGAUCGAUUUCAGAAGUGAAGUGACCAUUUCAGUAAAAAAAUAACCAUUAACCAUGACUCCGACACCACAAGAGCACGUCGUGGCUGAGGAGGUGAUCGCGCCGCGCGCUGACGGCGAGGGCAUCGUCAUCUCCGGGAUGUCGGGGCUCUACCCCUCCUCCCACCACGUCAAGGAGUUUUCUGACAUCUUGUAUAAUAAGGUGAACGCGGUGAAAGAGGAGUCCCUCCGCUGGACAUACAAUCAUCCAGAAGUGGCGCAUCACGCCGGUGCCGUGCCUGACCUGGAGCGAUUCGACGCGCAGUUCUUCAAAGUGCAUUAUCGACUUGGUAACAGCAUGGACCCCAUGUCCCGGAAGAUCUUGGAGCAAGCCUACCACGCCAUCUAUGAUGCCGGUAUUAACCCGGAGCAGUUGUCAGGACAAAAGAUUGGUGUGUUCGUUGGUACCUGUUUCUCUGAAGCUGAGAAAUCUUGCUUCUACGAUGCGUCUUCUAGAUCUGGAUUGGGUAUUACUGGAUGUUGUAAAGCCAUGUUUGCCAACCGCGUCUCCUACUGGCUGAACGCGAAGGGACCGUCGAUGGCCAUUGAUGAGGCGUGCUGCAGCUCCACCGCGGCGCUGGAACAAGCCUUCCUGGCCAUGAGCCGCGGGGAGUGCGAGGCGGCCAUCGUUGGAGGCGCUAACUUAUGCCUGCAUCCACAGUCUUCAGUGCACAAUUCAAGAAUCGUAAAGCAGUGUAUGGAUGGAAAAAUCAAGUCUUUCGAUAGCAGUGCCGAUGGCUGCAUCAAGACUGAUGCCAUCAACAUCCUGUUCCUUCAAAGAGAAAAAGACGCCUUCAGGAUUUACGCUCGUGUGCUGCACGCGAAAACUGACUUUGUCGGCAUGCAGAAAAUUGAAACUGGUCCUCGAUUCGGUUUCUUUAGAAACCAUGAAUCUAAUGUUCGGUUCUUGAAGAAGUUUUACGAGGAAGCGAGGGUACCGCCGCACGCAGUUGAAUACGUCGAAGCAUUUGGUUCAGCUGAACCAGAAGCUGAUAAGGGCGAAUUGGAAGCCUUCGAUACGAUCUUCUGCAAGGAAAAAGAUGACACCCUCCUCGUGGGCAGCGUGACAUCAAACAUAGGAUAUGGAGAGGCUGCUUCAGGCAUAUCUAGUAUUACUAAGGUGCUCCUAGGCUACCACUACGGCAAGCUGGCCGCUAACCUGCAUUGCUCGAACCCCCGUCAGGACGUAGUGGCUCUGCGUGACGGUCGCAUUCGCAUCCUCACUGAGCACGAGAGCUUCGGCCGCACGUACGCCGCCGUCAACGGCAUGUCCGUCACCGGUAUCAACUCGCACGUGCUGCUGCAUGGACAUUAUAAGCCAAAGGAUUUAUCCCGCUACCAGACGAACAUUCCACACUUGGUAACCGUUUCGGGAAGACAGGAGAAGAUCGUACAGAAGAUGCUUGACGACUUGAAGUCGCGUCCCAUUGAUCCUGAGGAGUUGGCGCUGUUACACAACAUCCACACCACUAACAUCUCAGGACACUUGGGCAGAGGUUUCACUAUCUUACAAACAAAUGAAGAAGGAAAGACCGUCAGCCUUUGCGAGAGGGCUGAGUACUUUGACGAUGCGAGGCGCCCUCUGUGGUUCGUGUACAGCGGUAUGGGCUCGCAGUGGGCCGGUAUGGGAACGCAACUCAUGCGCAUUCCCGUCUUCGCCGCUGCUAUUGAGCGAUGCCGCAAAGCAUUGGAACCGAAGGGCAUUGAUAUCGUCAAUAUUAUAACAACGACAGAUAAAACGAUAUUUGACAACAUUCUGCACUCUUUUGUCGGUAUCGCCGCUGUGCAGAUCGGACUGACUGAUGUCCUUAGAGAGCUUGGAUUAGUGCCUGAUGGAAUCAUUGGUCACAGUGUCGGUGAGCUGGGCUGCGCAUACGCAGACGGCUGUUUGACAGCUGAGGAGAUGAUACUGUCCGCGUACAGCCGUGGGUUGGUGUCGUUGCAGACGGAGUUCAUUCGAGGAUCCAUGGCUGCCAUCGGUCUUGGAUACGAUAAGAUAUCCAAAAUGUGUCCUCCUGAAAUUGAAGUGGCGUGUCACAAUGGACCUGAAUCCAGUACCAUAUCUGGACCUGCUGAUAAAAUGCGCGAGUUCGUCGCCGAGCUGACCGCUAAGGGAAUCUUUGCCAAGGAGGUUCCAUGCUCCAACAUCGCUUAUCACUCGCGGUACAUCGCUGGUGCUGGUCCUGGUUUGCUGAAAUAUUUGACUGAAGUGAUCAAGACUCCGAGAGCUCGAAGUGAACGUUGGGUUUCAACAUCCGUUCCCGAGGCAAGAUGGGAAGAACCGUUAGCGAAGUUCUCUUCAGCUGAAUACCAUACCAAUAAUUUACUGAACCCAGUACUAUUCGAGGAGACUCUAUGCCAUAUUCCACGCAACGCUGUGCUGGUAGAGGUGGCUCCCCACGGUCUCCUGCAGGCGAUCCUGAAGAGGUCCCUGUCUGCUGACUACUGCAACAUAGCGCUCACACGGCGUGGCCAUACCGACAACGCGUAUCUGGUCUUGGAGGCUGUGGGAAAGCUAUACAUGGAGGGCUACAAUCCUCAAGUGCAAAAGCUUUACCCCAAAGUGGAGAUGCCUGUUUCGACUGGCACGCCUUUCUUAUCUCAUCUGAUUGAAUGGGCCCAUGGAGAGAGAUGGGCUAUGCCAAUCUACCUGGUGGCUCGCAAGAAAAUGGCUACGGCUUGCAAUUACAUCAUGUCUCUACACGACAAGGAACAACAGUACCUGCAGGGACACGUCAUCAGAGGCAAAACAUUGUAUCCAUAUGCCGCUACCCUGGUCUCUGUAUGGGAUACCCUUGCUAUGACCAUGGAUGUUCCCAAGAAACAGCUGUCUGUGGAGUUCAGAGACUUACAUUUUCAUUCUCAGCCUGUAUUACGCGACCAAGUUCAACUAAAACUUAGAGUUUCCAUGGAGAGAGGAACUGGCAGUUUUGAGGUUCUAGACGGAACUAUCAAAGUAGCUACAGGAAUUAUCGUUGCUUGGAAACCGAAGGAUGAGACAAAUGAAGUAAAGAUUCAGACAGCUCAAAAUAUGGCCAUAAAGAGCUCUGAUAUUUACGACUUGUUGCGCGAAAGGGAAUAUGCGUACAGUGGCGAUUUCCGUAGUAUUGAAUGUGCAAGUGCAUCCCUCAACGAAGCCUCUUUAAUCUGGCGCGAUAACUGGGUCGCACUCAUCGACGGCAUGUUCCAACUGAACAUGUUGAGACAGUUCCAUGACACCGUCACCCUGCCAACACACGUCAGACAGAUACGUGUCAAUGUUGAAGAGCAUGAGAAGACCAAGAUUGUAACAGAUGAUAAAGUGACAUACAAAGCUGAAAUAGUCGAUACGUUUGGCACUACCAGAUGUGGUGGUAUACUGAUGGAACAUAUAAGAUACCGCCAGUUGCCAACAGUCGUUGAAGAUAAAAUGGAGUUGCAGUCAGUGAAAUUCGUUCCCAAUAUACAAGCAAAUGAGCCAGUUUCAACAACACUGAACGUUUUCGCCCAGUUGGUAGCUGAAAAUGUUAAUAAGGACUCAAUCAAUUGUGUCGGCUUAACAAAUGGAAGUGGUUCAAUAUUCAAUGAAAUCAAGAAUCUGGGCUUUGGUUUUAAUGUUUGUUAUGAAGAAUUUACUGAUAUAGAAUCUCUCUCUGAGGAUCUCCGUUCAAGAACUGCGAUUGAAAACGCUGACGUCAUCGUCGUUAAAGGUUUAUCAAGCGACGAUAAGAUGUGUCAACAGCUGCACCGUCUGCUUCAGCCAAACAAGUUUAUUAUAAGCGAGGAAGAAGUGUUGCCUAAAGGAAGUCCAAUGAGGCCGAAGGCACUGUACAACGUAAUUUCAUCUCAUAGCAACGCAAAUUCACGCUUGGAGUUAAGCCGUUGGAGACCGUCAUCUACUGCGAUCCAAACAACAGCCAUAACUGUGUACUCGGGGUCCCAACUGUCAUUGAUAAAAUCGGCACGUGCACGCAUGUCCUCACGCCAUCGCCUUCUGGUUAUCGCGCCUUAUCCCGCGCCACUCGGUCUGAAGGACCUCGUGCGCGGCUGGCGUAAGGAAGCAGAAAGGAAUAUGAUUAACCUGAUAAUGGUCAAGAAUGAAGAUGGAAGCAAUUUCUUGCUUGAUGAGCCACCACAUAUCGAUUUAGCGUUCACUGUUUUUAACAAAGGUAUCUGGGGAGGCGAGUAUAACCUGCCAAUGCAGGCUUCUGCACAGUUAAGCAACAAUCUAACUUUGCAAUGUGAACAAAUCGGCGAAUUGAAUUCGCUGAAAUGGGUGGAAGCUUCCGAUUUAGAUAAGACUGGAAUAGCUGUGAAGGUACACUAUGCUGGAAUAAACACUACUGAUGUAAAGAGAGCUAAUGGUACACUACCACUUAACAACAAGGGUGAAAAUGAUUAUGGAAUUGAUUUCAGUGGUGUAACAGAGAGUGGUGACCGCGUGAUGGGUCUGGUCCCGUAUGGCGCAGCGAGCAGCAUGCUGCGCGCGCAGCCGGAGCUGCUGUGGCCGGUUCCCGCGCACUGGGAUCUGGAAGACGCCGCCACUGUGCCCUACGCGUACGCACACGCGCUUUACUGCUUUUUCAUUAAGAGUUCACUGAAAAUGGGUAUGUCAGUGUUGGUCCUGGGAGGCGCUGGGGCUUUGGGUCAGGCUGCGAUAUCCAUCGCUCUGGCCUUCCACUGCGAAGUCUUCACAACCGUUAGUGACAUACGCAAGAAACGAUUCCUACUCAAAUUGUUCCCUGAAUUAACAGCUGAUCACAUUGGAAAUUCUCGGGAUCAAGACUUCAAAGAUUUAUUACUAUCCCUCAGACCAACAGGUUGUGAUAUCGUUAUCAGCUCCUCUCCAGGGAAUCUGAAAAGGAUCGCACAGGGUUGCGUAGCUCAAAAUGGAAUCUGUCUAGACGUCAAUCAACUGCAACAUCAAGAUGAAGAAUAUGAAUACGAAUUGCAUUACCUAACCAAGGAGAGAACUUAUUGUACGGUUGACUUCGCUUCAAUAUUUGAAGCUGAAAAUAUUGAGAUGACCAAGACACUCCAAAAACUGAUGGGUGAGGGUAUUCGUAAAGGCUACAUCCGUCCUCUAACGCGCGUCACCUACGGUCAGCCGGACGUGGCGAGGGCCUUCCGCUUCCUGGCUGCCAGCCGUCACCGCGGCAGGGUACUGCUAAGAAUGCAAGAGAACAACACACAAGUGCAACCAAGGCUGAUUUGCAACUCCAAUAACACUCACUUGAUAAUCUUGGACGAAGAAAUGUUUGGACUAAAACUGGCGGCAAGAUUGGUAGCACGAGGUGCUAAAAAACUGUUAUUCCAAUAUAAUGGAGAUAUUACACCGAAGUUCCAGUAUAAAUUGAUGAACUGGCAGAAGCUGGGCAUCCAAGUUCAAGUGUCGUUUAAAGAUUUAAACAAAGUCAACAAUAUUACUGAUUUGUUUAAUCUUGCUGAUGAAUUGGGACCGGUAGAAGGUGUAUAUGGAAUAACAAGUGAGAAUGGAAAUCUUACGGAAACUGUCAUCGCCAAUUUAGAUUCUGUUUCAAGAAAAGUGUGUCCGAAACUAAGGUAUUUCGCGCUAAUUAACAUUGGCAACACUACGGUUGGGCAAGAUACUUGUGUGUCUAGAACCCAAAGCAAACUACCAGGAACGAUGAUCUCUUUGCCCCAGUUAAAUCCCCUUGAAAGCAACCCUGAUGCCUUAGAUGUCUUGGAAAGGGCUUUGCGAAGCUCUGAAGCUGUAUUGGUUGCACAGAUGGCAAGUAAGCAACGUCCGGACCUACUGCAACAACUUGCUACUUUGGCCGCUAUAACUAUUACGGAUGAAACACCUAAAACAGCAACUUUGUCAGAACUUGGACUUAAAGAGGAUGACAUAAAGUCGAUUAUUUCAUUCUUCAAAGUCCAUCACUGUGUCGAUUUCACGGAAGCAGAAGUACCGGAGUUGACUAUUGAGACGAUUCUGAACGUUGAGAAAACUGAAAAUAAGUUGCAAGAAGUCAAAGGCUUGGGGACAUUCUUGUCUUAUGUUGACCCUGAUGAGCUGCUGGCGACGAUUGAUUUGGUGUUCCUGACCACACUCACUAGCGGUGAAAUUUUGGGUGACGAUGAAUUCGACACGAGUUUGACGAACUUGUGCAUAGUGCCAGGUAUGGAAGGAAACCACGAAAGGUUCCGCAUAUUGUGUGAACGUCUCAAGCUCCCGGCUCUAGUACUGCAGCCAGGUCUCGACAGACCCCACGAGACUGUCAGGGAAACAGCCGAGAGAUAUACACAGGUCCUGUUGAAAAAGGCAAUCUUCAAUAAGAAGUUUUAUCUGUUAGGAUUCGAAACAGGCAUCUUGGUUGCUUUGGAAAUUGCCUCAAUUUUGGAGGAUCUUGGUUUAACAGGCACAGUCUACUGCCUCGGAUGUGGACCUGACGAGGUACAAAGCAUCAUCGAAGAAAAUAUGUCUGAAUAUAAAACUGAGGAAUUACUUCAAAAUGCAGUGGUCGAACACAUGUGCAACUUGAUGGUUAAAAGCAAAACUGAGAACCUGAAAGAGGCAUUAAAGGGUGCAGUCACAUGGGCUGAAAAGGUAGAAGUGGGCGUGCGGGCUAUGAUGGGGCACAUGCCUCACUCUGCUCAGUACGCACGUGCUUUCAUCAGAGCUGCACUGGCACGUAUCCAGAGUGCACGUCACUCCGUCACUCCUGCACGAGCACUGCGUUCGCAAUUGGUGAUGAUGCGCUCUGCGAUGCCCGGCGAAGAAGAGGCCAAGCAAGCGCUGCAGAAACACUCUCAGAAACCUGUCAUCGUGCACCAGCUCAACACACCGCUGGCGCAUGUUGCCAGCGACAUUCGCAGCGCGUCUAUUAUCAAUCUGCACUUAGACUCUGAAAUCCUAGAGAGCUUUGAAAAGAAGAACAUUUGCGAUGCAUACAUCCUCAAUGCUAAUAGUUUCAUGGCGGUUUCGAAACAGGAUUAGCUUUAAGUGGUUUUAUAAACUUAAUAAUUUAUUAAUAAAGUACAUGAUAUCUUGGUAA